GUCGUGCACGACUGUCGCAAAAUGUUUACGGUGCCGAAUCGCUUUACGUUUGGCACUGCAAUGAGGGACAAGGUUGCAUGUUUCCUGGAUGUUGUUGUUGUUGUUGUUUUUGUUGUGUGAUCUUCUUCUGUCAGCCUGACGCUCUGUGACUGACGUGGAGGAUGGACCCCGUGGUACUGAGCUACCAGGACAGCCUCCUGCGACGCUCCGAUGUGGCCUUACUGGAGGGACCUCACUGGCUCAACGACCAAGUCAUCGGCUUCGCCUUCGAGUACUUUGCCGCCGAGCGCUUCAAAGUCCUGGCCGAGAAAACCGCCAUCUUCAUCAGCCCCGAGGUCACCCAGUUCAUCAAGUGUGCUUCCUGCCCGGAGGAGCUGGCCCUGUUCCUGGAGCCGCUGGAUGUGGCCUCCCGCCGCUGGGUCUUCCUGGCCGUCAACGACAACUCCAACCAGACGGCCGGAGGCUCCCACUGGAGCCUGCUGGUCUACCACCGCGACUCCACCCACUUCGCCCACUAUGACUCUCAGAACGGCAGCAACUCGCUGCACGCGCGGCGCAUCGCCACCAAGUUGGAGCCCUUCCUGGGUGCCGGGAGGAAGGUGCUGUUUGUGGAGGAGCCGUGCCCGUCCCAGCAGAACAGCUAUGACUGUGGCAUGUACGUCAUCUGCAUCGCCGAGGCCUUGUGCGAGAAGGCCAGGGUGGAGGGCUCGCCGCGCCUUCCCGUGCAGACCAUCACCCCGACCUACAUCACCCAGAAGAGGGCUGACUGGUGCAGACUGAUCCAGAGACUAGCCAAAGAUUGACCUCUGCUGCUUUCCCUCCCUCUCUCUCUCUCUCUCUCUCUCUCUCUCUCCCUCCCUCUCUCUCUCUCUCUCUCUCUCUCUCUCUCUCUUUCUCUCUCUCUCUCUCUCUCUCUCUCUCCCUUAGCACUUAGCUUGUCUUCACUAUAUGCAGAACAGCUGUCAGGCCCCACAUAUCGACUGCUGGAUCCUACGAAUGCACUCCAUACUCUAAUGCAGUACAUACAGUAACUAUAUAUUAAAGUGUAUAUCCCUAUGAUAGCCCCUAUCAUAGAAUAAAAAUAAUGAUAAAGCAAUGUUACAAAUCUUUCAGGAUCCACGGAACAACCGGUGUCAUGUUUAUCCCCUGUACAUCCACAGCAAGAUACAGUAUGUAAACAAUAACACCAGCAUGCCUAUAAGACGAAUUUACUCCCAUGUACAUAUUCAAUAAGGAUGGGGAAUCUGUCAUUUGGAAAAAAAAAAAAAAAGGAGGCAGGAGCUUUUCUUUGCCAUAUUUUAUUUUAUCGGUUUGAAGUGAAUGUGGAAAUGUUUACAGAUUAUUGCUCAGGGUCAUUGUAAAUGAACUAGAAUUGACAUGAAGAAUGUGCAUUUUUCUAUUGAGUUUGGCUUUUGUUUUGGUCAGUAUUUCAGUCAUAUUCAUCUUAUUUCUCCUCGGGAGCAUCUUCAUCGGCUACAGCAGCAAACUAACAAGCAGUGUUUAAGCAGGAUGUGCACUCUGAGUUGGUGAAAUGUAGAAUGUACCCUACUUUCCUGUUGAAAGCAUAAUAUCAAAGUUCAUUUGCGUUGACUUCUUUAAAAAAAAAUAUUACAUUUUGGUUGAUUCAUUCAACCAUUCUUAUUUGACGUUUGAAGUUUUGAUCAAGCUGUGGUCAUGAAAUAUGUUUGACAAAAUUUUUCUCACUUUUUUUUUUCCCCAGCAAAAUGAAUUCUGGUAUCUUGUGUUGAGUAUACAAUUACCUCAUGAAGAAAUGUAUGGGUCGGUGUGUGUAUAUGCACAUAUUUGGUGUAAAUGUUGCAGAACAAAUUUGCUUAAAUGUAUUGUAAGAGUGACAAAUGUAUCAAAUUGACUUACAGCCUUUGCUUUAGUUGUGAACCAACAUGCAAUAAGACAGACAAUAAUAUAAUAUCCCCUGUUGAAUUAACGCUUCACCUUUCGGGCGCAGGCCAGUUGCAGCCAGUUGCUUGGUAAGAACUUCCAAUAACUCAUGUGAGCAUUGAAAUGUGACAUCUUGUACUAGUAUGAGCAAAACGAACAUCGUAUUUAUCCACAGGAAUGCAGUGAUUUGAUGGAUUGCAGAUUAUAAUAAAGCUACGACAUUGUCCAGAA